AAGAGGGAGCUCGAAGAAAUGGUCGAACGCGAAGGGCAAUAAUUAUCCAUUUCUUCCAAUUGAGCGGACAGUGACUUGAGUUCUUCCAGUUCAAUCUUGCAAUCCGCGCAUUCUUCCCCCCACCUCUCCUGCUUAACGUUCACGAUCACGAUCACGAUUUCUACUCCCUUUAUUUAGCAUCCAUUGUUCUUACUCGCCCAUCUUGUUUUAAUUAGUAUAUUAGUCUUCUAGAUUUUUCCUUUCUUUCUAUCUUCUUUUUUUGGGUCCUUGAAUUGCCACUUACCGUUUUGUCUCCAUUGAACAUCUUAGCGCUUUCCAGGUAUACGGUAUCAUUCGGUUUUUACCCUACGCAGUUAAGCCGCCAAUUUCUCCGUUUUAUUGCCUGAUGACCGCUCGUUUCCUGAGCCGUCUUAUUAGGUAGCUAUUAUGGAUAACGCAAAUCUUUGGACUCGCCGAUCUAACUCCUCCAAGUUGUCUCUGUCUAUGACGGGAACAGACGGCAAAGACGGUGGUGCCAGAGUCGAACUUCCCCGCACAAAGCGUUUUGGUCCUGAUAGCUCCCACGGUCGAUCCAACCCCUUUAACGCUCUAUCACCUCUUUCAGGUGGUGUGUCCUCCCCGUCGACUAACGCCUCCUCUGCAUUCGGCUUGGGAUCCGGCGCUUUUGCAUCAUUUGGUGCCCCCAAAACCCCCGGCGGCUCCGACCUCAAGACACCCCUCGAGAAACGAGAUAACCCUGUGGAACAUGACUCAGUGGAAGGUUUGAAGGCCAAGGCCGCUGGUACUGCCAUCAAAGAGCACCCUCUUAAGUCUACCUGGGUAAUUUGGUACCGUCCGCCCACACCUAAAUAUUCCGAUUACGAAAAGUCCACCGUCCCCCUUGCGUCUAUAUCAUCUGUCGAGAGUUUCUGGUCGAUAUAUUCGCAUUUGAAGCGACCCUCUCUUCUCCCCACCGUUUCCGACUAUCAUAUUUUCAAGAAGGGUAUUCGUCCUGUAUGGGAAGAUGAUGCCAACAAGAAGGGUGGGAAAUGGGUGGUUAGAUUGAAGAAGGGCGUUGCUGAUCGGUAUUGGGAGGAUCUUCUGUUGGCUAUGGUUGGUGAUCAGUUUGCGGAGGCUGGUGAUGAAGUUUGUGGAGCUGUCCUUAGUGUACGGAGUGGUGAGGAUGUGUUGAGUGUCUGGACCAGGAUUGACGGUGGGCGCAACAUAAAGAUCAGGGAAACGAUCAAACGUUUGCUAGGCUUCCCAGUAGACACCAACAUUGUAUGGAAGAGCCACGAUGAUAGCAUUGCUCAACGCUCUGCCAUUGAUCAAGCUCGCCAGGAAAAGGCUGCGGGAAACAACGGCCACCAUCACCACCACCACCAUCAUCAUCACCAUCAUCACAACAACAACAGCCAACAUCACAACGUUGGCGCAGAUCGACGGAGGGUUACAGCUAAUGAUGAUCCUACGGGGGAUAAAGGAAAGGGCACAACGUCGUGACAUGAUUAUUUGAGCCUAAUAUAUGGUCCUGUAUAGUAAAGAAAACAAAAAAUAAUUGGGACGAUCUGGGAUCGGGGCAUUGGGGCGAAUACUGCGUCUGUUUUGACUUGGGCUUGUUUUCAAUUCCUGUCAUUGUUCUAUUCUUAUGCGUGGUGCGCUUUGCAAGUUAAAAGGAGCUUUUUAGGGGCGCCUGGUUGGUGUAGCGUAAUCCGUAAUCACUGCCAGGUGAUUUGCAUUGGUACUGAAAUGUAUCUAUCUCCGAACUCUUUUGUCGAUUCGAUUGAUUGGUAUUGAUGUGAUAUGUAUUGAUGAAGCCUAGAGUUACCAUUUGUAGGUUCUAACUGUGCU